CGCCUCGUGCCGAGCAGCAGAGACCAGCAGGCGGCUCCGGGCUUGCGCUGCUGUCCCGGGUGUCAAGUGUGUGUGAGACUCCUGGUCGCUGCGACCGGACGGCUCUUGUCAGGUUUUGUUUCUUAUUCGGAUGUCAUUGGUUUUAUAGCAGCAGCGGACUCCCGGCAAUAGGCGGCCAACAUCCUCCUGAGAUGUAUCCGGCCAGUUUGUUGUGAUUGCUGAGAGGUUGAAAAGCAGAGGAUGCAGCAGAGCGGUGUACAAAGGAAACCUGCCUGCUCCAACACAGUGACUCCAGACAGACAGAAAGACUUUUAAGAUUAUUAGGCUGAUAAGAGGACAGAGGAAGGAAACAACUUCUUUAGAGUGGUGGCCAGAGUGAGAGGGGAGCACAUGUGGAGCAGAAACGGCGUACCAUCAACAUCCUGACGAGUAACCUUGCCUCUGCACUCCACCACGCGACUGCCAACUCCAGAAGUGGGCGUCAGCAGGAAGGAAACAAGUGGUGACUCCUCCUGCAGGCAUGAGGUCCUUUCGUUCCUUUAGUAAUGAUGAUCGCCACGUCAUGGCGAAGCACUCCACCAUCUAUCCCUCCUCUCAGGAGCUUGAAGCUGUUCAGACUCUGGUAUCCACCGUUGAGUGCGCCCUCAAACAUGUCUCUGAUUGGCUGGAUCAGAGCAGCAGCCUUGUCCACAACCAGCCUGACAGCCAACCAGCAGAAACUACAGAGGAGGACGACCCUGGCGAUGAGCAGGCCGAAGAAACUGAGGAAUCCAGUCACAACUACAGAGAGUCCAGCGGCGAGGGCAUGCUGUGUGGAGUGAUGAGGAUCGGUCUAGUGGCCAAAGGACUCCUGAUCAAAGGGGACAUGGACCUGGAGCUGGUGCUUAUGUGCAGAGACAAACCCACACAGACACUGCUGGACACUGUCUGUCACAAUUUACCAACACAGAUCCAGAAGCUGACAGAGGAGAAAUACGAGGUCUCCAGCUCACUGCCUGAGGCAGCCAUCUUGGUAAAAACUACAGCGGAGCCCAAACUCACACUGAAGAUUACGCUCACCUCACCGGCCAUGAGGGAAGAUGAAGAUGAAGAAGAGGAGGAGGAGGAGGAGGAGGAGGAGGAAGAGGAAGAAGAAGAAGAAGAAGAGGUGUUUGAGAAUGGAGAGGAAGGAGAAGAGGUAGUGGAGGAAGUGGUGGAAGAAGAGGAAGAGCAGGGAAAGGAAAACGGUCAAGUGUUGGGUGCUGCUGCGCAGAGAGUGGAGGCUGAGGAGGAGGAGGAGGGGGAGGUGCUGGAUAGACACAGAUGUCUGUUGGCCCUGGCAGCGCUGCGACACACCAAGUGGUUCCAGGCUCGAGUGAACGGACUUAAGUCCUGUGUUAUCGUUCUCAGGAUACUAAGAGACAUGUGCAAUAGACACCCUGCCUGGGAACCUCUCAAGGGAUGGCCCUUAGAGCUCAUAUGUGAGAAGGCCAUUGCCACCUGCAACAGACCUCUUGGGGCAGGAGAAGCCCUGCGUCGAGUCAUGGAGUCUCUGGCCUCAGGCAUACUGCUACCAGGUGGCCCAGGUUUACAUGACCCAUGUGAGAAAGAGCCCACAGACACUCUAGCCCACAUGACCGACCAGCAGGCCGGGGCUAUUACCUACAGCGCACAGCAUGCUCUCAGACUCAUGGCAUUUGGACAGAUCUACAAGGUUUUAGAGAUGGAGCCUCUUCCAUCAAAUAAACCAUCACAGAAAUAUCCUUGGUGUGACAAAGAAGGUUUAGGUCUGAAGAGGCCGUAUGAGGAUGGAGCGAUGGAUGACAAGGACCUCAUCAAGAAAAUGAAGAGAAAUCUCAGAAGAGUCCUGGACAGUAAGGCCAUAGACUCCAACCAGCCCAUGAACGCCCUGAUGCGUUUGAACCAGAUACGACCGGGGCUGCAGUACCGCCUGCUGUCCCAGUCGGGGCCUGUUCACGCUCCAGUCUUCACCAUGUCCGUGGACCUGGAUGGAACCAUUUAUGAAGCAUCUGGAUCCUCCAAGAAAACCGCCAAGCUCCACGUUGCUGUCAAGGUUCUCCAGGCGAUGGGCUACCCGACAGGUUUCGACUCAGAUCUAGACCCAAUGAGCUCAGAUGAGAAGUCGGACGGUGAGGGGAAGAACGACACGUCCUCACACACUAGCAAUAACCCAACACACUCCGUGGAUGGUUCCAACACACUGGAGGUGCGAACUCAGGGUCCAAUUUUAACGGCGAGUGGGAAGAAUCCUGUUAUGGAGCUUAAUGAGAAGAGACGAGGCCUCAAAUACGAGCUCAUCUCCGAGAGCGGAGGCAGCCAUGACAAACGCUUUGUCAUGGAGGUGGAGGUCGAUGGACAGAAGUUUCGUGGGGCAGGCCCCAACAAAAAGGUAGCAAAGGCCAGCGCUGCUCUAGCAGCUCUGGAAAAACUCUUCUCUGGUCCCAACGCAGCUGCAAAUAAAAAGAAAAAGAUACUGCCUCAGACUAAAGGAGCGUUGUCUGUGGCGGCAGCGGCCUCAGCAGUAGCAGCACAGGUAGCCAGAGGAAGAGGAAGAGCAGCCCUCGCAAGAGGAGCCUUCGUCAGCGCAGCUGCACCCGGAUACGUCACACCAGGUUUUGGGACACCGUACGGCUACAGUCCUGCUGCAGCAGCUGCUCCUGCAUACGGUGGUCUGUUCAUUGACAAUCCUUUUUACCAGCCACGUACCAUCGCACCUUUCAUCAUCCAUCUGGGUCCACAGGAUCUCUUCUCUGACUUCUAAAGGCAGCAGGUUUUUGGAUACGGUCUUCACACUUAGCUGUCUGUAAACACAGAUCACCCGGCUGCACACACGCCCACCUGUUUUUCUGUCCCUCACAAGUGGGCCGCCUUUCUACCCAGAUUCAGAGCGGUUUCGCUUUGAAAACGCCCGCUGGAGAAAACCGUCUGACCUGCUGACCCCGAGAGCCUCAGAGUUCCUCCCUCUCUCUCUCUGCUUUCACCUCUCUCUCCACCCAGAUUAUUCUCCUCAGAGGGGAGCGACUUUACACGAAGCAAUACUGCGAGAAACGUUCGGCUGUGACUCUGGAGAACGGGGCUGAACUUUAGUCUUUCUUAUAGCAAUACACCUGAACUCGUCUCUUUGAGCUUACUUACUUGAGAAAUGUGAAUGUCCAACAGAGUUUUACUCAACACUGCUUUGCAAUAGCUGAUUUUGAUUGUAUAUUUAUUGUAUGUGUGUACGUGUGACUAUAACAAGACUAUAUACACAUAGGUACGGUGUAUUUCUAUAACUAUGUGUUGACAAUAUUCAUAUAUGAUUAUGUAUUUAUGUAAAUACUCUAUAAAGUAUAACUAUUGUUGUUAUAAACUAUUUUAAAUUAUAAAGUGAAAUGUAACUGUAAUAUCACAGUAUAGCUUUCUUCCAAUUUUAUAUACACUGAGCAACUGAAGCUAGUUCUAGACGAUGCAAUAUUAUCUUUGGUAUUCUUAUUAACCCAUGCUAGUAGAAUAUUACUGCUACCCUCGUUCCCUCCCUCCCCCUCUCCUCUGUCUUGAUGUCUCUCUGAGCAUGCACUCUCCUGCUUGGAGUUUGCCCACACGGCCCCAACGCAUUCAUAACCCAGUCACACAUACUUCUCCUGUCAGAAAGCACAUUUUCUAUAUUCUCACUGCUGGCAGGGAAUACUGUUGUUACAAAUGUUGCCCGUGCGCUCCUCCCACAGCAUUAGUGGACAUGCAAUCAUCAGUCUCAUCCUUGCUGUCCUCACAGGGCCCAAUAAAGCACAUCCUCCAGCACUCCUGGCUUCUGCACACACACACACACACACACACUCACUCCUCAGUCCUCUUCUUGAUGGCUAGAAGUGACGCUGCUAGUGGCAGACACAGCUUUACUGUACAUAAGGCACAAACUUCUGACAGGCUGAGUACAGAUAAAGAGCAGAGGAGAUGCCUGAUCGAUGUGGAGCCUGGAAUUGCUGCAGCAAUUCAGUGUGCAGUAGGGAUGGGCGGUAUGGACCAAAAAAUGUAUCACGAUAAUUUCUGGCAUUUAUCCCGAUAACGAUAAAAAUGACGAUAAAAAAAAAUACAAAUUCAACUCCAAC